AUGGUGGACUUUGUUUUUGGAGAGAGAACUAAUAACAAUGAGCAUGAUAAGAAGUGGCCACCGCUGUUGCAAUCAGUAGUGGAAGAAAAUGGCGAUGAGCUGAAAUUUACCCUUGAAGCUGAGGAUGAUAUGAAGAAUACUCCUUUACAUUUAGCAGUGUCAGAGGAGAAUAUUAAAAUGUGUAAGAAAAUUGGGGGCGCCCAUCCUUCCACGAUUACUAAACGCAACAAUGCCGGGGAGACACCUCUCUUCAUCGCAGCUCUUCGUGGCGAAAGAAAAAUUUUUCUUUGGCUUCAUUAUCUUUAUAUGGCGAGCCCUGGAGUUUCUUCAACUGACUUUGCUCACUGUUUAAGGAGGGACAACGAUGAUACCGUUCUUCACUGUGCAAUAGCACAUGGGCAUCUUGGUAAAUAG